AUGGCGGAACCAACUGAACCUUCUCUUUUGCACAGGCUGGCCACGAGGCUAAACCGAGACCCCGGGACGCCAGUCGAAAAGCCGACCGAGUCCUUCUGGCAAAAUCCUCGUCAUUCUUUUGCUGAUCAGCAGUCGGAGACUCUACCCAAGGAAGCCGAUGUUGUUAUUAUCGGCUCUGGCAUUGCUGGCAUAAGCGUGGCACAGCACCUGCUCCGUCUGCGGCCAUCACAGAAAAUUACUAUCCUCGAGGCCAGGUCAGCGAUAUCGGGAGCAACGGGCCGAAAUGGUGGGCAUAUCAAAGCCGUUCCGUGGGCCGACUAUCAUGCUCUCAAAGAAACACUCGGCAAGGAAAGCGCAAUCAAGAUUACGAAAUUCCGCCUUGCCCACUUGGAUGCUUUCGUCAAUGAAGCUACUGCACUAGGGGAAGCUGGCAAAGUCGGGUUGGUACGACGCGUGGAGGGAGUAAGCGCUGUUUUCGACAAAGAGAGUUGGGAGUCAGCGAAGAUCAAGUUGGAGUCGUGGCUUGACGACUUCCCGGAACAUCGUGGGAAAUGGAGUGUGCAUGAGGGAGAAGAAGAGCUGAAGACAUUCGGCAUUGUCAAUGCCUAUGGAUGCAUCAAGGGUCCUUCAGGAGCAGCAUGGCCAUAUCGGUUCCUUGGUGCUGUACUAUCAAAUCUGCUUGCAAGUGGCCAGGUCAGUCUCGAAACGCACACCAUUGCAGACGAAGUACGCCGAAGUCAAUCCCCAAGUCGUCCAUACGAAGUGCAGACAUCGCGGGGCACGAUAUCAACAAACCACGUCAUCCACUGCACAAACGCGUACGCCGCACAUCUGCUUCCCUUCCUGAAGGGCAAACUCUGGCCCCUGAGAGGGCAGAUGACGGUCCAAUCGGUGCCUAGCGAGUUUCCACGAAUCGGUGCUUCAAGAUCGUGGAGCACAAUGUGGGCUAGAGGUUUUGACUACAUCACGCAAUCUCCUGGUGAAGAUGGUUCCCUGUAUCUCGGUGGAGGGUUCUUUCAAGGAGGCCCCGAAAAAGACGAGGACUUGGGGAACCCUGACGACAGCCAGCUGAGUGCGCAAUGCCUGGAGCAUCUGGAGACAGUCCCAUCGAGAGCAUUCGCCCACGGAGCAGGUGCAAAGAUCGAGAAGAAAUGGACAGGGAUUAUGGGAUUCACGGGAGAUGGGUUGCCCCUAGUUGAUCGAGUUCGAGAAUUCAUGUCUGGCCGCGCUGAGUGUGAUCCUGCUAUCGGGGCUGAGUGGCUGGCUGCGGGCUGGGAUGGUUAUGGCAUGGUGCAUUGCUGGCUCGCUGGAAAGGCUCUCGCACAUAUUGUAAUGGGACACGAAGACGAAGUUACUGAAUGGUUUCCGAGGGAGGAGUUUGGAUGCAGCAAGGAGAGGCUCGACCAGAUGAGUCCGGAAGGGGCUCUCAAACGAUUCCUUGGGUUACUGGAGACAUAG